AUGAAGCUAUCUACGGCCGAACAUCCUCAGACGGACGGUCAGACCGAGAUAAUAAACCAGUUCCUACAGACAAAGCUCCGUCCCUAUCUAGACUACUACCAGGAUAACUGGUCCGAAAUGCUCCCCUGCUUGGAUUUCGCACACUCAACCCACCCACACGAGAGCAUCGGUCUAGCACCUGCGGAGCUUGAGAUGGGAUACUUACCCCGGAUGUCAGAGCAGCUAGGGCGAACAGCGGCGCAGCAGUUCGCCUCCCGGGCCGCCGAGGGGUCCGGUGGGCGAGAAACCCUACUCACCAAGCAGGCGGAAUACAAGCGGCAGGCGGAUAAACGCCGUAGGGAGGUCGACUGGGAGUGA